CUGAUUUCAUACCAGCCCACCGAGGAUGCGAUGAUGUCGUCCUCGCCUCCUCCUCCAUGGCCAGUCUGAUCAGCUUCCCGACAUCUGAGUCUGCCCCCAUCCCCGUCCCUUCUCCCCUCGUCUACCUCCCCUUCCGACGCAUCUCCCUCCCCGCAGCCUCAGCACCCGCCCCUCACCGUGCUUCCAUCGUCUCGUCCCAGCUACCGCCACAACGUAGAACGAGGACAAGGCGCGUGCAUCGGCGUACUUCGUCAGACGAAGCGAGAGAUGCGAGACGAGUCAAGAUUGUCACAGAGUUCUACGAGACAGAGAAGUCCUAUUUCAAUGGUCUCGAUCUGGUGUACCAACAUUUCCUUUCACCUAUCCUUGCAUCUCUCAGCACCCCAAAUCCUCUUCUCACCCGUCAAGAAUUGACCACGCUCUUCUCCAACUUCAUAGACAUCUGGAACUUUCACCGUACAUUUGUGGUUGCAUUGACAGAAAAUCUUCGAUCCAAGUCGACUUCACUCUCCACCGUCCUUCUCGCACAUUUUCCCUACCUCUCUCUUUACACCCCAUUCAUAACCUCAUUCCCGGCUUCGCUGACAUUCCUCAUGUCACUCUCUAGUAUUAGCGCUUCGCCAAACCCAAGUUUCACAGCCUUCUUGCGCACCCAGGAAUCACACCCUCGCUGUGCGCAUCUCCGUCUAUCCGAUUACCUCCUCACUCUCGUCCAACGGUGCCCACGCUACCUUCUUCUCCUCAAAGACCUCGUACAAGCCACAGACCCAAGUUCUACUGAAUACGAAACACUCCAACGAUCCCUCGGUCUCGUAGAAAAGAUCACGAUCUCCCUCAACACAUCUCUCACAGCACAUGCUCAAACACUCUCCCUGCUCAAUCUCCAACGCAACACGAACAACCUCCCCUCCUCAUUAUCCCCCCUUGUAACGCCCGGUCGAGAUCUCCUCAAACGUGGCACACUCCUUUGCCAAGGGCUUUCUUCCUCUGCUCCCUACGAAUUCAUUCUCCUGAGUGAUCAUCUACUUUGGUUAUCUCGCGACGACACAAACAAUAGCCCUGAUCUCCUUGAACAGCGUCCCGGCCCACGCGGCGAGAAUGAAAGAUGGUCAUACGCAGGUCACCUCGAUCUCAUCGAUUUGGAAGUUGUGAUAACUAUCGUGCAUAAUGACGUGAUUCCACGACUUGAUGUCCUCAGCCCGCAAGGGUCGUUUGCGUUGUACGCACCAGCAGGCUCUGCAUCCAAACAACAGAAAAUAUCAGAUGAACGAGAAAUCCUUGACGCGUGGCUAACAUCUCUCCGCGCAGCCCGUGCUGCACGUCUCGCAGCGCUUGCACGAGUGAAUCCUGACUCGACGUUAUCAGCGAGCGGAUCCAAUGUUCACAUCCGGCAGGCAUUGAGGGCAUUUGCGUAUGAAAGCGCUGAUCCUUGCGAAAACUCGCUGGCGUUUGAGUACUUGGCUACGGGAAAUGAGUUGCCGCAGAUGGCACCAAAGAGCAGUGAAACGCACAAACGGAGAGCACACAUCGACCACUUCCUUCCACCCGUAUGGACUCCCGAUGCAAAAGCGAACAAGUGCAUGCGAUGUGGGAGACCCUUUGGAUUCGUCCUGGAUCUCAGAUUUGAGAGCUUCUUCGGAUGGAGGACCGCAAAGGUCAGUGUCGGGGACGACGCCAACACAAAAACAGAGAGUGGGAAGGAGAAGGAGAGAGGAAGGGGUGCAUGGCGACGCAAACAUCAUUGUCGGAUAUGUGGGAGAGUGGUUUGUGCAGGCACAUUCUAUAUUUCUCGGCUCGACGCAGAUUCCUUGGCUAAACCAAAACCUGCGCGUGCGUGCACCGAGUGUUACGAUAUGACAUUUCCUCUUCUUCCUAGCCCCACUUUUCCUGAGUCUGGCCCAAACGUCAAGCACAAUGUAAAGGAUAAGAUUGAUGGCAGUCGUGCACGACCGCCGACUGCUGCUAUAGAGGGUGGAUGCGGUCAGGGCGACAAGAAUGAUCCAAAUACAUUUUUGGGCGCGCCCGGACUGGAUUCGAUGACACAGACACGUCCUUGUGCACGAGUAGACACGAUACUUGGUAUCCCUCCUUGGCUGUCUAUUUCUGCACGACGCAGUUUAGACGUGAGCGAAGCCUUGAUGGCCAUGGAUAGUGGGCGCGAUCGAGGGAAUCAUGGCAACGGCGAGAGCGUGGAUGAGCAGGAAGACGAGGCUCACGAUGAUAAUGACACUCAUGUAGGCCUGAACGUAUACCAAAAGGAGGAUAGUCGUGGCAGAGGGAAUCCUCCGAGGACUCGAUGGUCGACUGGGACAUCAAACUCGAUUCCAGGUACCAGGCAGAGUCUCGACUCGAAUCUAUGCACACCUGCCCCUGUACACGCACACAACCGUGUGCCUGCGCAUGAACACGAGCACGUUGGCGCACUAGUCCACACUUACGGAGACACAAACCCACAACGAUUCGAAAAUGUACCGGAUCACCUUCCCGUCUCCACACGCCCGAUACGCAUCCGUUCAUCUAAACGUCCACGCAGCUAUCAUGACAUCUUGGAUGAUUUUGCCAUGCAUGAGUCGGCGGGUCCAGAGGUGGGUUGGGGUGCUGGGAUUGGAAUAGACCCCAGUCUGGGAUCUUCCAACGAAGAGAAAAGUGAUAACAGUUCCAACGCGGGCAAUCCCCGAACGAACGUAAGCACAAGCACGAAUACGAGUGUCAUGCCGAGGCCAAGGCCCAGACCAAAGACAGGUACGAAGGAAGAAGAUGCGGAGCGGAGGAGAAAGCGGUUUUCGUUGCCUGCUGUAGCGUUACAGACGACGCCUGUGUUCGCAAGCGCGGCGAAGGUAGUAAUGCAGGACGUCGGGGAAGAUCGUAUCGGAGAUCUUGGGGAUGGUGGCAGUACUAGAGAUGAUGCGGAAGUUGGGGAUAGCAAUGGAGACGUCAGAAGUGGGAGAGAGAUAUUGGAGGGAGGACUGGCAAGGCGCAGGGACAGCUCUGCGAUGGGGAUGCUGGUUGACGUUUUGAAGGGUGCAUCGAUGCCGAAGAUAUGAGGUCAAGUGCGCUUUGUUCUGGACUUUGGACACGGAUAUGGACAAGAUUAGAUAGCCAGCGUAGUCUGUGCACUCCACCCAAAAAUGUAUAUGCACACCAGUGCACAUAGCAGC